GAUGCAGGCAAUGAUGACGGACUGCGCUGCGUGCGACGGGUUCUUCGGAUCGGGCUGGCGUUGAGGAAGAGAUAUAAAAAGGGUAUCGUGCCUUCAUCUCUCCCAUCAUCCUCAUCAACAUCAACAUCACCGUUCCAACCUUCUUCACAUCCACACUCAAUACCACACGUCAACUCACCGACUCCUAAUCAUCACCAUCACCAUGCAGCUCAAGACCAUCGUCCUCGCCGCCUCCGCCGCCGCCACCGCCGCCGCCCUCCCGGCCACCGACUCCUCCUCGAGCGAGACCUUUGGCGUUAUCUCCAUCCACUCCGGCAGCGCCGUGCAGUACCAGCCCUUCACCGCGGCCAAGAGCAGCCUCUUCGCCGGCCUUCCCAGCCAGAACGCCAGCUGCGCGCGCCCCGCGGAGCAGUCCGCGACCUUCUACAUCCAGGACGGCGCCCUCUACCUGUACGACGAGUCGGCCACUCCCCAGGAGUUCUACGUCGACCGCUCCGGCAUGGGCCAGGGUAAGAUCGGCUACACUACCGGCGCUCAGCCCGCCCCCCAGAACGCCGAGCGCCAGGGCUGGGCCAUCGACAGCAACAACCACCUGCAGUUCGCCGGCAACGACCUGACCGCUUGUCCCAACAGCAUUGAUGGUGCCUGGAGCAUCUGGGCCGCUGGCGUGACCAACCCCGCUGGCAACAGCGACUGUGUCGGCAUCGCCGCCCGCGUCGAGAAGACUAGCGAUCCCAACGGCUGCAAGUACACCGAGUAAAUGCCCGAGUUGGAUAGUGUGUCUGGAGGUGGUUGAUCGCAAUGCGUCGACUGUUUGGGACAGUGCGCUUGGGUCCAGCUGGUCUGCCGAUCUACGGCUGGUUGCGCUGGGGAGUGAGGUGGAAGCAGUGGACAUGGGGUAAUUUCUGGUUAAGUUAACCGCA